AUGUCCGAGGAAAAGAAAAACACAGAAGCUUCGGUGCCUGUGGGGCAGUUUGUCCGGAGAAAAGGCACAAUUAGAAAAGGUGUUCUACCAGAGGUGAUCAAAACACUGAAGUUACCUGUAGACCUGCACGAAGCGACCGUGUUUUCCACAUCAGACUGGAAGAGAAUCCAGGACAGUGCGAAUUGUGUGAACGAACAGCAGGAUCGUCUUGAUGCAGCUGUGAGAGAGCGAGAGGCCUUGCACCUGCGCUCCAAAGAAGUGGUCAAAAACUGGCCUAACACCCUAGCUGCACAGCGGCAAAAGAGGUUAGAAUUAAAGAGAAUUAAAAAGGAAAUUGAAGAGGAGAAGUUGAAGCAGCUCGACUUGGAGGAAGCAAAGUUUCAAGCGAUGAAAAGAAAGGAAGCAAUAGAGAGGGCCAAAACCCUGCAGUUCCUCCAGACAGACAGAGUGAAAAGAUUUCAUAGUGCUGUGCUGAUGACUGAAGUCCUGAAGGAGAGGGAGGCUCAGAUUGAGCUGAAAAAAAGAAAAGAAAUAGAGGCAAAAAAAGAAGAAGAAAGGAUCUCGGCCAUGAUCGCACGAAACACGGAGCUGGCUUUACAGGAGCAGCGAGAGAAAGCUGAGGAGAGGAAGCAGAAGCGCCUGGCUCAUGCUGAAUUUUUGAAACAACAGGUUAAGGAGCAUGAGCAGGCAAGAGAGAAGGAGAUGAUGGAAAAGAAGAAAGAGGAAGAAGAACUCAGACAUUUCCAAGAGCUUUAUGAAAUGGAACAAACCAUGCUCAAGCAGAAGAAGCAAGAGGAGAAGAGAAAGUGCAAGAAGGCUUAUGAAGAAGAGUUGGCCAACAAGAAAAUCUUCCAAGCGUCUGAGGCCAAGAAACAGGAGAUGGAAGAAGAGAAACGGAAGCUUGUUGUUGAGGCCAAAGACAAACAGAUGAAACUUAGGAAGGAAAAAGAGGCAGAGAUGUUCAGAGAGUUUCAGAGACCCAGGGAAAUCGUUGCAGACAGACUGGCAGAAUUUCUCGCGGCGCAAAGCGACGAUGAGGAUGAGGUGAUCUCCAGGGCAGCUGCAGAAGCUGUGGCCAAGAAGGAUAAAGAACAGCGUGAGAAGGAGAAGAAGGAAGCUGCUGUGUUGAGGAGUAUUGCUGAACACAGAGAAGCUGUGCAUAAAGAGCUGAAGCGCAAGAAACAGAAGGAGAAGCAGGAGGCUGCUGAGACGCUUAAAGCAAACAAAGCAGCAGAUCUCCUCUACCAUCAAACUCAGAAAAUCAAGGCCCAGAAAAAGAAAGAGGCAGCCAAACUGCUACAAGACUCGUAUGUCCAUCAGAUGAAUGAGAAGCAUGCGAAGAAGCAGCUCAGGGAAAAACAGAAGCAGGAAUGUAAAGUGAGGAAUGCACAGCUUAUUGCAGAGGAAGAGAAGCAGUUUCAGACUUAUGCCAAGGAUGUGAUAGAGACAGCUAGGAAGGGUCAGAGGAACACCUCCAUCCUGCACAAGGCCUCAAAGGUGGGCAUUGGUGGAGGACGCGGACCUGUGUUUGACGGCAUUAGACCGAGUUACCAAGUACAGGAUGAAUCAGGAGCUGAGCUGCCCAGUUAUGUGCCCAGGAAGAAGCUGGAUGUGACUACCUACAUGCAGGAGUCUAGAAAGCGGCUGGGAUUUACUAGAUGAUCGUGAGCUGUAUUGCUGAUGUUCUGACAAAACAAACAGAACUUCUCUUUCAGCUAAAUUCGGUUACCAGGCAAAUUCCAGAUAAAACAUGUCACAUGAUCAAAGCUAGCUCAUAUUUUUCUCUCUCUCUGUUCUCUGUCUGUCUCUGUCGAGCUAUACGUCCCACUCCGGAGCUCCCAGCGUUCUGGAUUUCCAGUGUGACCACUCUAGCACUGGUUGGAGUCUUGUUGCUUGGUGAUGCUCACUGCUGCUGGGGAUAGAUCUGGAUGGACAGCCUGUGACCCAGUCAGUUCACAGCAGGAAGGAAUUAGUGCUAUGUCAAUAAUGAGCUCAGAAACUAUACUGACCUAUUAGUUUCUCAAGAGCUCUUGGUUGCAAAAUUCUUCCUGAUUAUAUGUCCAGUCAAGCUAUACACUGAUCAGCCAUAACCUUAUGACCACCUGCCUAAUAUUGUGUUGGUCCCCCUUUUGCUGCCAAAACAGCCCUGACCCAUGGAUGCAUGGACUCCACUGAAGGUGUGCUGUGGUAUCUGGCACCAAGAUGUUAGCAGCAGAUCCUUUAAGUCCUCUAAGUUGCGCGGUGGGGCCUCCAUGGAUUUGACUUGUUUGUUCAGCACAUCUCACAGAUGCAUGAUUGGAUUGAGAUCUGGGGAAUUUGGAGGCCAAGUCAACACCUCAAACUUCUUGUGCUCAUCAAACCAUUCCUGAACCAUUUUUCCUUUGUGGCACAGCGCAUUAUCCUGCUGAAAGAGGCCACAGCCAUCAGGGAAUACAGUUUCUGUGAAAGGGUGUACAUGGUCUGCAACAAUGCUUAGGUAGGUGGUACGUGGUAAGUAACAUCCACAUGGAUGGACCCAAGGUUUCCCAACAGAACAUUCCCCAAACGCGGCUAUUCCCCAAACGUGAUUCAUCAGACCAGGCCACCUUCUUCUAUUGGUCCAGUUCUGAAUGCCCACAUGCCCAUUUUUGGUGCUUUUGGCGGUGCAGAGGGUUCAGCAUUGACACCCUGACUGGUCUGCGGCUAUGCAGCCCCAUACUCAACAAACUGAUGCACUGUGUAUUCUGACAUCUUUCUAUCAGAACCAGCAUUAACUUGUUCAGCAAUUUGAGCAACAGUAGCUCGUCUGUUGGAUCGGAUCACACGGCCAGCCUUUACUCUCCUCGUGCAUCAAUGAGCCUUGGCCCCCCAUGACCCUGUCGCUGGUUCACCACUGUUCCUUCCUUGGACCACUUUUGAUAGAUACUGACCACUGCAGACCGGGAACACCCCACAAGAGCUGCAGUUUUGUAGAUACUCUGAUCCAGUCGUCUAGCCAUCACAAUUUGGUCCUUGUCAAACUCGCUCAAAUCCUUACACUUGUCCAUUUUUCCUGCUUCUAACAUCAACUUUGAGGACAAAAUGUUCACUUGCUGCCUAAUAUAUCCCACCCACUAGCAGGUGCCAUAAUGAGCAGAUAAUCAGUGUUAUUCACUUCACCUGUCAGGGGCUGGGGUUUGGGCACUGGUGGCUCAGUGGUAGGUUUCUUGCCUACCAUGCAGAAGGCCCAGGUUUGAUUCCCAUGUGGGGUAGUGCCCAUACCCCAGCCACUGGAUGCAGUGCCGGUCCCAAGCCUGGAUAAAAAAGUGGGAGGGUUGCGUCAGGAAGGGCAUCUGGCAUAAAACCUGUGCCAAAGUCGUUGUGCGGCCCAGUUGGUCCGCUGUGGCAGCCCCUCACACACAUAGGGAGCAGCCGAAAGAACAACAAUUCACUUCACUUGUUGGUGGUCAUAAUGCUAUGGCUGAUCAGUGUACAUUUACCUCAGUGUCACCCAAAUGAGGAUGAGAUUCCCUUCUGAGCCUGCUUCCACUCAAGGUUUCUUCCUCAUGUCAUCUCAGGGAGUUUUUCCUUGCCACUGUCACCUUGCUCAUUAGAGAUAAAAAGAGAAUAACUUUGUUAUUUUUUUCUAUUUUUCUAUACUUCUGUACA